CAGGUGUCCCCAGCUGUCCCAGGCUGGCACCCCAGGCUGUUCUCUCCGCAGGGGCUGGCUGUCCCAGGGCUGUCCCCAAGCUGUCCCCAGUUGUCCCCAGGUGUCCCCAGCUGUCCCAGGCUGGCACCCCAGGCUGUUCUCUCCGCAGGGGCUGGCUGGACGGCCGUGUUCGAGCCCGCGAGCCCCGCGCCGCCCGUGGCCAUGGACGUGGGCUCCAGCGUGUGGGACUCGGCCGCCCCACAGAGCAGCGCCCCGGAGGAGAAGGGCUGGGCCAAGUUCACAGACUUCCAGCCUUUCUGCUGCUCCGAGUCCGGGCCUCGCUGCAGCUCCCCCGCGGACCCCGAGAGCGGCGGCAGCGACAGGAGCCCGGCACAGGGCCAGGACAAGAACUGCAGCGCUGCCGCUCCGUGUGCGUGGAACGCGUGCGGGACGCGCAAGGCGCCGCUGGGCGCCCUGGACAGCAGCUCCUCGGGCAGCUCCGACAGCGACGACGACGACGACGACAAGGCCAAGGCUGGCACGGAAAGCACGGCGCAGGAGCCCGGCAAGGACAGGGCGGCUCGCAGCAGGUGGGUGGGAAGGGAUCUCCAGGGAUGGCCCCUGGGAUGGCCCCGUGUGCUCCCAGUGUCCCCUCUCUGUGUCCCCUGGGAGAGCAGGUCCUGCCCCGGGGGUGGCACAGGGCUCUGAGGGAUGGAUUUAGCACAGGGUUAUUGCAGGGAGUGGUGGGGGCUCCUUUGGGUCACUGCAGUGUCACAGCAUCACCUCUGUCCC